GUGUACAGCAAGACGGGCCGAAACUUUGUGAGGUUCUUCCUCUCGCAGGUUUCUGGCCCGCAUCGAGGGAACCACGAGGGCUGCUGGAGCUUCACUGAACAGGGAUCCAUGCGCCUGCAGCUGCCCCAGACGUCUAGGCUGCCCGUGGGGAAGCCCUAUUGUAAGCUGCGAAAAGUCCACAUCCUGCCAUGGUCGAAGCCCCAUGUCAUCCGCGUCUCAACGCACCGAGCCGGUGCCGUGGUGGUGAGGCCAAUGCCGGCAAACUCACGCAUGGUCCACAUGUAUCGUGAUCCAGCGCGGUGGAUCGCUAGCUACUACCGGUACCUGUCCGGCCUUCAGAGCGUCUUUCAUGAGAACCCUGCUUGGCACACCGUCCCGGGCCUGGCGCUUGGCCCAGAGACGCUGAAUGCAGUGCCGCCAGACCAGGGCGUUUUGAUAACGUCCCAGAUCAUUCGCGCUGAAGUGCAGCUGAUGACGAAGGUGUUUGUGAAGACGUACCAUGAUCCCCGGGUGCUGCAUCUCUCGGUCGAUCACUUGCACCUGAAUUAUUACAAGACCAUGCGCUGCAUGCUCCGCUUCUUGCGCUGCACUGGGCACCCGGUGAGUGGCAGCUGCGAUCAGCUCGUCGGCACGCUGCGGAAGAGGGGCCUGGCACCCACGGACGACGGCUCGGACAUCCGAGAGCACCUGCGCUACAGGCGCCAUGCCACCUUCAACAAGCACAACAACUCCCGGCUUCGGGCAUUGGUGAGGUCUGUCCCUGCCUGGGCCCCAGGCCUUGCGAGCUUCCAAACCCUGGCGGCACAGGCCUCCAAGAGGCAGGCCUCGCUCUUCGGCUGCCCCCUGCGGCUGCCUCCCUGA